AUUAAGUCUCGUAAUGAUAAAUGCGACAAAAGUGGGAAUGGAAACAUACAACGACGAAUGUCGAUUGUUGGACAUGCUAUAGAGAUAAUGAAAGAAAAGAAGGAAACGGUUAUAAAUAUGGAGCUGGUUAGUACGGUGGCAAGUACAGAUAGCCAAAAACAUUAUGAAUAUGGAUUUCGAUUAGCUCUUUUAUUAAUAGGACUUGUUAUUGUUCUGUUCUUAGCUGCACUCGAUCGAACUAUUGUGGCGACUGCAUUACCACAGAUUGCAUCUGAUUAUAAGGCAUUUAAUCAAAUCUCAUGGGUUGCUAUGUCUUAUUUAUUAACAAAGACGGCGUUUCAACCAGCUUAUGGCAAAAUUUCGGAUAUAUUUGGCAGACGGUCAACGUUGAUUUUUGCAGUAGGCGUAUUCGAAUUAGGAAGUUUAUUAUCGGCAUCAGCGCCAAACAUAACAUCAUUAAUAAUAUUUCGAGCUGUUCAAGGGGUUGGCGGUGGUGGGAUUGUGAGUCUGGUGAUGAUUGUAAUUUCGGAUAUUGUACCUUUUAAAAAUCGUGCAAAAUAUCAAGGGAUGUUUGGGGCUGUUUAUGGACUGGCUUCGCUUGCUGGUCCUGUAGUUGGUGGUGCAUUCACUGAGAGUGCCACGUGGAGGUGGUGCUUUUAUGUUAAUUUGCCAUUAGGUGCAAUAACGGUUGCAAUAAUGAUAUUUAUGCUUCAUCUACCACCUCGACAGGGUUCAUUAAUGGACAAAAUAAAAAGAAUUGAUUGGUGUGGUUCAAUUUUACUAAUACUUGGUACCAUUACACUAUUGUUGGCAUUAAGUUGGGGAGGAGACAAAUACUCAUGGAAAGACCCGAUUAUUAUCGGUCUUCUUGCAGGCGGUGUAUUGCUUCUCGUACUCUUCCUAAUUGUAGAAGCAUUUGUCUCAAUUGAACCAAUUUCUCCAAUUCAUCUGUUCAAAAAUAGAUCAUUGCUUGCAUGCUUUGGUGUAAACUUUUUUCAGGCAAUGUCUUUUUUUGCAAGCAUUUAUUACGUGCCACUCUACUUUCAGGUGGUAAAAGGGAAAAGUCCAAGUUCGUCAGGUUUUGAACUAAUGCCGUAUAUUCUCGCUGUUGCUUUUGGCUCAAUCAUUUCUUGUCAACUCGUCUCGCGUUUCGAAAAAAUUACCGGAAAACAUGCGUGUGAAUUUGGUGGAUUCUUGAUUGUUGCUGGUGCUAUACUAACAAGUCUGUUAGACGCUAAUUCUAGUCGUGUUGCGCAGACUUGUUAUUUGGUCACUAGUGGGUUGGGUGUUGGUUUCAUCAUGCAAACUGUGUUUAUUUGUUCAGUGUUGGCUGUUGAAGAAGUUGAUGUGCCGUUUGUUAUCUCAAUUAUGGUUUUCUUUAGAUCAAUCGGCGCGGUAUUUGGCAUCUCUAUAAUCGGUACAAUAUUCAAAAACGCUCUAUCAAAACACGUUCUAACACUUGGUUUAAAUGUGCCCGCAGAAGACCUAAAAGAUUCUACAAUGUUUAUGCAUAAUCUUUCAGGUGCACAGCAGCACAUUGUAAUAGACGCCUAUGUGCGAUCAUUGCAGGAAGCGUUCCGUAUUAUGAUCCCAUUCGGAAUCCUGUGUUUCUUGUGUGCACUCGCUAUUAAAAAGACCAUGAGGAGUAGUAGUGAAUGUGAGGUGCAGAAUUAUUCAAUGUGA